AUGCUGAGAUUGAUAUUUGUGUCGAUGGUUCUUGAAGGGGUAUGGGGAGCCACAGUACCGCCGCCUACACCAACUUUAUCCCUAAGGAGGCAGUUAGAUCCGGCAAACCUGGACACUUUAAACAGACAAGUUCGGAAGGCUUUGCUAGCCAAAGUGACCAGUGAACUGGAGUCCAGUAAGACGUUCAUGGCGAAUCUGCAGCCACAGCUGACCGUUUGUCAGACCAAGGUGAACGACUCGCUAGGCCAUUGCCUCCAGUGUGUUGACAACGCCUGUCAAGAGAAGUUCAAACAGUGCCAGUCAUUAACGUUUAACAUGCACUCUCCUGGUGGAAUGUCAGUGUCAAGCAACAGCAUAAACGGACAAAGUCAGGUGACCGUCUGCGCCUUGACCGGAAGUCAGUUUACACGCACGUGCUCGACGAUCAUGAACCCUGAAGGUUUCAUGGUCAAUUCUAUAUCUCAAAUCGGUAACGACCUCCGAAUAAACCUUGGGCGGGUGUACGGUGAUCUCGGAAACACUGUUGUUGGGAACUUCGUUGGAGGCCUGACGAACGUUGCCAACAACGUUGUCCGAAAUAUGACGAAUGCGGAAAAAGCACAACUGCAACAGACUAUGUCACAUCUGAGUCAGUCCCUUUCUACCAUGGGGCAUCAUAUCGGCCAGAGCGUGCAACAAUCCAUGGGCCAAAUGCACCAGCAAUUGAGUAACUUUGGGAGUUCGAUGGCACAAUGGGGACAAAACUUUGGCCAACAACUCUCACAGUCUCUUUCACACAUGUUUGAUGGGACGUUGUUGGGGAAGAGACGGAGAAGGGCAGCUCAGGAAUGCACCUUCCUGUUUGGUGAUCUAUAUCAGAACUGUGCAAGUCUGACGUCACAGUGCUCAUCGUGUCCUAGCAACCGACAGGACACCAUGGAAGCAGUUUGUGGGAAGGAUCUCGUGGAUAAGGUCCAGGCCGUAGAGAAAUCCAUGGACGAAAUGAGCCAGAUCUACGAGGAAGUCAUUAACGCAAAAAACAUCAUCACCAUGGUUGAAUUCGAUAACACUGUGAUUGAUCCAACAAUGGCGUCUUACGGUAACGUAAAAAUAAUUGCAAACAUCAGAGGGGUUCCGACUGUGUUUCCGAUGAGUUCCGUCCUAAAGCUGCACGAUCUAGCAGCUUCCGGUACUCCCAUUGCGCAACAAGUCUGGAAGGAAUGGGCUGUUCGAAUGACAACACCAUGAUUUCAUAAAGCGGAAGCACAAACAGUCUAAUUCUAUGUCCCUAGUUCUUGUUACUUUACUUUUCCAUGAUUCAUCGUCAAAAUUCGAAGUUUGUCUUGAUAAAGAUAUUCAACCUGUC